AUGGCCGGGUUCAGUGACUCCCCCCUCGUCCAGGACAUCGCCGUCCCCGGCGUCUGCCUCCUGAUAGCCUUCCUAAGCUACGUCUCCCAGCUCAUCUUCCACCACGCCACGACCCUCGAGCCUGGCCCCCCCUCGCAGGGGGAGACCGUCGUCUUCAACCUCCUCCUCGCCGCCCUCUGGAUCACCUACUACCGCACCGUCACCACCGACCCGGGCCGCUACGUCUUCCACGACAAGGUCAUGGAGGUCGACGCCGCCAAGCGCUGGUGCAAGAAGUGCGCCGCCCCGAAGCCCCCGAGGGCGCACCACUGCCGCCACUGCGAGCGGUGCGUCCCCAGGAUGGACCACCACUGCCCGUGGACCGCCAACUGCGUCUCCAUGGUCACCUUCCCCCACUUCCUUCGCUUCCUCGUCUUCGCCAACCUCUCCCUGUGGAACCUGGGCUACUUCCUCUGGCAGCGCUUCGCCUGCCUCUGGGACGCCCGCAACAUGCCCGCCUACCUCGGCCCCACCCUCGUCUCCCUCAUCGCCCUCUCCGUCAUCGCCAUGGUCUGGUUCGUGACGUCCGUGGCGCUGGGCAUCAUGCUCGUCAACACCAUCAGGAGCUGGGCGCUGAACCAGACCAUGAUCGAGGGCUGGGAGAUCGACCGGCACGAGGUCGUGGCCGAGAGGGGCGGGCGCGACUGGUGGGAUGUGGUGGGCGCGGACGGCGAGAAGAUGCGCUUCGAGAAGAUUGAGUUCCCCUACGACGUCGGGAUAUACGCCAACAUGUCGCAGGCCAUGGGGACCUCGAACCCUCUUUCGUGGCUGAACCCGUUCGCCAGCACCCUCAAGAUCAGUGAGGAUGGCAAGGGCGCCGGCUGGGAUUGGGAGGAGAACGGCUUCAACCGCGAGGAGGGGAUGUGGCCACCCUUGGACCCGGAGAAGGUUCGCCGGGCGGCUCGAAACUGGCCGGCGGCCCGGCGGGAUUUCGCAGCUGAACUCAGAGCGGUGGAGACCGAGGAGAACACAGAGGACCGGAAGGAGGCUUUCAAACGGCGGCAGGAGGAGGAUUUCAAGAGAAAGCAGAGAAUCAUCGCUGAUCUCGAAGAGGUUGGCCAGUUUGACGACCUCGAAGAAGAGGACGAUGAUGAAGAUGAAGACGACGACGACGACGACGAGUCUGAUGGAGGUGAGGAGGAUGACGAGAAGUCGCCAACCCUGGGAAUCUCCCUCCCAUGGGUGAACUCAGACGGCGACCGGCUGCAUGACUAUGGCGUAGAUGAAGACGCGGAAGACGGCAUCGACGAUGAUGUCCCGCUGGCAGAGCUGCUCAGACGGCGAAAAAAUACAAGACACGUAGACGACGACGACGCUUAG